AUGUUGGGAGCACAGGCGUUACGGACUAAACAGGUAGGGGAAUCAGCAGCGUUUUCAAAUUCAUCAUGAACUUGUUUUAGUUACGGUAAUUGUUUGACUAUUUUCAGAAAGUUGAACAGAAAGAGAGAGAAAAGAGGCAUAAAGAAAGGCAACGGAAUAUGGAAGCUCAACGUGAGAGGAUUCAGAAGGCUGCCAGGUGAGUCGUAAUUCUACUAUGGCACAAGUCAAGCUAUUUAAAAUAUGGGUUUUACCGUGAUUCUUAGAUUUUUUGUAAGCACUUGCUUCGGCCACACAAUUUCUUUAAAAUGUAAUAUUUUUCCUUUUUACUGAGUGAACAUAAAUAGCAUUUUCGAAUUUUAUUUUUGGCUUUUUUUUGUCAGAUCUUGUGGCCCGCAGCUCUCUGUUCUCCGUAAAGUUCGGUCCAUGAUUUAUGAACUUUUUUGAAUCUCUUUUUGUAUUUUUAACGCCGGUUCUGUUCCAUUUUCCCUAAUCCCCCGGAGGGCAUAGGUUGAUCGAUUGUGUCCAAAAGGCGUUAAUUACAGCGGCUGCUCCUCAAAACACUUUAAAGCGCUCGCUAAAUUUAUUGCCCUCAGGGCGAAAUUAAAUGCCAAAAAGUAAAGUCCAAAUUGUUGAAACAAAAGAGGAAACGAAAAGUUGGGGAGAUUACAUGCUUUAAUAAAAACCUUAAUCAAUUUAAGUGUCAAAAAAUAAUUGUAAAUUGAAGCAUGCCGGUUUUUCAGCGAAGAUGCACAACAACAAAUGUUAGAGUACAUGGCUCAUCAACAACGGCUGCAGUUGGAGGAGGAGCAGAGAAGCAAAAUACAACAGAGACUGUCGUUGCAUGCGAACAGCCUCACUGAUCACAUGGUUCCGUUCAGCGCGAGAGAACCCAAAAUUGGAGUAAGUUUGUCUACGGUACUCUUCCUUUUACUCACUUCCUCAUUGCGAAAAUCCUGCAUCUUCUGAUGAUCAAAAUUGAUCAUUGAUUUCCUUCGAUAUUUAUGAUCUCAUUAUUCUCUAUCCCCUUUAAGAUUUACGAUGUGCUGGGUGCAAUGAAAGAGUUUUACUUUCAGAACACUCCUCGUCGGUCCCCAUCCACAGAUUGCGCCACAACUUUAAAGGUCAAUGGAGACGGUGGAUCUUCCGGGAACCGAUUAAUGCGUUGGUUGGGGUUCAACAAUAAAAAGCCUAGACGGAUGUCUACGUUCACGUGAUCAACAGUGCUGACCAAAAUUGCAGACUUUUAUUUUUAUUUCGGAACUUGUUUUAGGCCAAAUUUUAUAAAUUUUUUACAUAGUUUUUUAGCAAAGUCUAAAAUAUUCUUUGUUGAAUGUAAUAACUCGAAAAUUAAAGCUCUGGCUAUGACAAGGUCCGACCAAAGAGACUUCCGGGUCUUUUCUCUCGCCUUUCUCUUUCCCAAAACCCCGUUGCAAGAUAUAUUCCUUCGUAUCUUACUCCAUGUUUCAUACGUUUUGAUACCCUUAAAGUACAAGUAUUAUUUUUUUUAUUUUAUUCAAAUUAUUUUAAAAUUUCAAGGUUAACCUGUAAAUUGCUUGUUGUAUUAUUCUUGUAAAUAAAGCCUGAUCUGUAAAUUUUGGAUUAUGUUAUACUUUGUGGCUUUGUUUUAUGUCAUAAUUGGUCCAGCAACGAUUUAGAACGUCUGUCGAACAAAUAAACGCUUCAGAAGACAAGAAACGAAGUAAGUUAUAUUCGUAAAACAUGAAACUUUCCAAAAAUAUUUUAUUCUCUAUUCUUUUCUUCAGUAUUGUAAGUGUAGGCUCGUUAAAGUGUAGCUGUAACACGGAUUUUGUUCGAAAAAAUUCGGCCAUAAAAUGCGUAAAUGGAGAAUGCGAUGUGGAAAGAAAUGGAUGUAGGUCGUCAAACGUUAGAUAUAAUACAAAUUUAUAGUUCAUCUUUUACCAAAAGUUUUCUAAUCUUUCUUUCAUCCAGAUUGUGCAUCCAUUUAUGGCCUCAGCGUUAUCAACCUAUGCUGGUUGGCACGUGUUCCUUAUAAGGAUUGUCGAGUCGUCGGGAAAGGAUCAAAUGAAUCGACUUCCAUCUGCUUCUGCAACACUCAAGACUACUGCAACUUGGCUGCUCGCGACAAGACGCUGACCGAGAUAAAUCAUCCUCGUAAGCCUAGUGUCCGCGAUGGCAUUCCAAUCGAAUCCAUUUUUGGAUUUUCAUUUUUUACAGUCUCUGUAUUGGGCUUUAUAAGUUACAGUAUCCACAAAUUCUUCUAA